CAAAACGCCAGUGUCUGUGGGUAGUUAGAAUCUUCAGGUCCUGUGAGCGUCGGCGUUUUCUGGGCCUGUGGAGUUUCUUGGACAGGGGCCGCGGGGCUCCAGGACGGCGCCCUUAGCAUCACCAUGGCCCGAAAUGCAGAAAAGGCCAUGACGGCCUUAGCAAGAUUUCGCCAGGCUCAGCUGGAAGAGGGAAAAGUGAAGGAACGAAGACCCUUUCUGGCCUCAGAAUGUACUGAGCUGCCUAAAGCUGAGAAGUGGAGACGACAGAUCAUUGGAGAGAUCUCUAAAAAAGUGGCUCAGAUUCAGAAUGCUGGUUUAGGUGAAUUUCGAAUUCGUGACCUGAAUGAUGAAAUUAACAAGCUGCUAAGGGAGAAAGGACACUGGGAGGUCCGGAUAAAGGAGCUGGGCGGUCCUGAUUAUGGAAAAGUCGGCCCUAAAAUGCUGGAUCAUGAAGGAAAAGAAGUCCCAGGAAACCGAGGUUACAAGUACUUUGGAGCAGCAAAAGAUUUGCCUGGUGUUAGAGAGCUGUUUGAAAAAGAACGCCAGGCGCGGUGGCUCACGCCUGUAAUCCCAGCACUUUGGGAGGCCGAGGCGGGUGGAUCACAAGCUCUUCCUCCUCCCAGAAAGACACGUGCUGAGCUCAUGAAGGCAAUCGAUUUUGAGUACUAUGGUUACCUAGAUGAAGAUGAUGGUGUUAUUGUGCCUUUGGAACAGGAAUAUGAAAAGAAACUCAGAGCCGAGUUAGUGGAAAAGUGGAAAGCAGAGAGAGAGGCUCGGCUGGCAAGAGGAGAAAAGGAAGAAGAGGAGGAAGAGGAGGAAGAGAUCAACAUCUAUGCAGUCACCGAGGAGGAGUCGGACGAGGAAGGCAGCCAGGAGAAAGGAGGGGAUGACGGCCAGCAGAAGUUCAUUGCUCAUGUCCCCGUUCCCUCGCAGCAAGAGAUCGAGGAGGCACUGGUACGAAGGAAGAAAAUGGAACUCCUCCAGAAGUAUGCAAGCGAGACCCUACAGGCCCAAAGUGAAGAAGCCAGAAGGCUCCUGGGGUAUUAGGACCCAGCUGGGGCUCUCCUUGGAGUUCUUCCAUCCCCCAGUGGUACCUCAGGACCCAGGGCUGCAGACAGGCAGGCUGGUGCCGCAAGGGCUCCUGCUCCAUUCUCAGCCUUCCUUCCCUCUCCUUGUCUCAUGUUGACCGGAGGGUAUGGGUCUAUCCCUGGUCUUCCUGGUAGGUUUUGUACACAUAUUUUGCUACUGUGUGGAUCCAUUUAUUUUUAUUGUGGAGUGUAUGCAACAGGUUGCGAACUGGCUGCCUGUGUCUUAUUUUGACUUGCACUGCUAUUUUGAGGGGAGAAGAAUCAAUUAGUGGCAAACAUUUAAAAAUGCAAUUUUUUGCAGACCAAAGUAUAAUUUUAAAAAAUGCAAAUUUUCUAAAAGACACAUCUCUUGAAAAAUGAGAUGAUAUGGCCAGGCGCAGUGGCUCAUGCCUGUAACCCCAACACUUUGGGAGGCUGAGGUGGGCGGGUCGCGAGGUCAAGAGAUCGAGACCAUCCUGACCAACAUGGUGAAACCCCAUGUCUACUAAAAAUGCAAAAAAAUUAGCUGGGCGUAGUGGCAUGCACCUGUAGUCCUAGCUACUUGGGAGGCUGAGGCAGGAGAAUCACUUGAACCUGAGAGGUGGAGGUUGAAGUGAGCCGAGAUCAUGCCACUGCACUCCAGCCUGGUGACAGAGUGAGACUCUGUCCCCCCCCCCCCAAAAAAGGAGAUGAUAUGUCAGCCCUGAGCACGCAACCCAGAAGUCAAUGACCUGGUCCCUCUGUGUUGGUUGCUGCUCUGGGCUGUCCAUUAGCCGCCCUCCACCUGCUCCACUCGCUCCUGCCUGGGUGGCAGGAAUUUGAGUUUGCUGCUCCUGUUUUAUAACCUGUUCUGCAGAAACCUAUUUUUAUUAAAGAUUUUUAUAAGAAAGGGAAA